GAAAGCCGAGCUCAACACGCCACGCCAUUAACACCACACCCCCCCGCUCAUAAAUGAAAACCGCGCGAACCAGAACCACCCCUCCCUCCCUCCUCCAUCAAUGAACCUCUCCACCCCACCCCGCGACGCGACGCGACGAGCCGUACACCGACCGCCCCGCGCCGCUGCUGCCGGAGCCGGAGAGAGAAGCUGAAGCCGAAGCAGAGGCAGCCGCAGCGGCAAAACUCAAAAGACGUCGUCAAAAGCUCUGCCGCGCUUGCAGCUUUCUCGGGCUCAAGGAAAAGCCAUCACAAAACCAGAGACACAGAGAGAGAGAGAGAGAAACUGAAGAAAGGUGGCAACUCCUGCAGCAGCUGCAGCAGCAAGCGCUAGUGUUUGUGGUUUGCUGGUGCUGUGGCGAGGCGAUGAUGGAUGGGCGAGGAAGCCAGGAGGAGGAGCACCUGGAUUUGAUCAUGCGACACCACGCCAGCAUGGGGCUGGAUCGCUGCGAGAGCGAGGAGGCGCUGGGGUCGUCGGAGUCGGAGCAGCCCACCAGGCCGGCGCGGCCGCGCGGCAAGAGGAGCCGCGCCGCCGAGGUGCACAACCUCUCCGAGAAGAGGAGGAGGAGCAGAAUCAAUGAGAAGAUGAAGGCCCUGCAGAGCCUCAUUCCCAACUCCAGCAAGACGGACAAAGCCUCCAUGCUUGACGAUGCCAUCGAGUACCUGAAGCAGCUUCAGCUCCAGGUCCAGAUGUUGUCCAUGAGGAAUGGUCUAUAUCUGCCCCCAGUGAACUUAUCUGGGGCACCUGAGCAUCUGCCGAUCCCGCAAAUGAGUGCUGCACUUGACCAGAAUAGUGCCAAAGCAUCAGAUCCUUCAGUUGUUUUGCAGCCGGUGAACCAGACUUCAGGAGCACUUCUUCCAUUUGAGCUGGCAAGCCAACAUAAACCUCUAUUCUUACCAGGUGUUCCUAAUGCAACCGCUCUGGAGCCUCGGUUCCUUGUAGAGUCUUCGCGUUCCAAUCUUCAAUCCUUACGGUUCACUGAACCCGCUGAGAUGAUCUAUCCUGAUGAGAUGAUGUUAAAGCACCGCCUGACUUCAGCUAGUGAGAGCACAAUUGUGCCAGGAACCGAUGAGAAGUCGGUUAGGCAGAACACAUACAUGAUGAAUGCUGAUCGUUUUGAUAGAUAUGCACUCAGCAAAGACCAGUUGCAGCACAUUAUGCCGAAAAACACAGAAAGUGUACUUGAUAUGCCACACUUGCAAAGAUUAUAAGCUGACGAUUCAGCUUCCAAUCUUGGACAGGUUGCAAACCAGUGACACCAAAGUUAGGGUCGAGGGCAGAAUCAAAGUAAACCCAUGAUCUAAUUUCCAAUUGGACUUGUGGAGUGCAGAGCAGAUCAAAAUCGGUGACUGGUGAUCAUGAGCAGCACCUAAUCUAGCAUUUUACCUCUAGAACAGUAGUUAUAUCUUGUUGUGCCAUUGUACUCUGGUGUGAAGUGCUUUGUAAAGGGAGAUCUAUCUAUAAGCUGCCAGUAACAAUGAACAUAUCCGAUGUUAGGAAAUAGGAAAAUACCAUCAAAUCAAAUCUAUAUUGCCAAUGUAGGCCGGAAUUGGGAGAUGUGAGAUGCCUGUGGCCACUAAUUGAGGCUGCAUAGUUUGUCUCCACUGUUUUAAAAAAAAUCAUUUUUCAUA